AUGCUAGAUAUUGACAUGUUUGUGGAUAAUUUGAACAGUGUUGGUUGUCUACUUACGAAAGGGCCAAAGGCAUACCGGGUGUUCUUUCUGAUCCGUUAUGAGAACAGUAGUUUCUCUUCUUCUCUUCUCCAUUUCCUUCUGCUCUUGAUUUGCAGCCAUGUCUUUCCGAAUGGGACUUGCAUUACCACAAAAGAAUGCCUAUUGAAUACAAAUCGAAACCCAACAAUGAGUAAGGAACAAAUAGAGGAUGAACCGAAGAUGUAUCUUGGGGUCAGAAAGGUUAUUUGGUUGCCUCGAGGAUUGUUUGAUUUUACUUAUGCUAAUCUUCUAGUUAUGAUUUUGCAUGUCGCCUUUGACAUGCCUGAGGGUGUCACUCCUUUGCCUGAGACAGGUGCGGAUCCGACCGUACCUGUGAGUGCCACUCAGCUACAACAGAUGUUACAGGCGAUGACUGUUAUUCUUCAAGGGCAGUGCAGGCAUCCCACUAUUACACCAGCCGAGGCUGAGCAGGAGUGUGCGAGUGCCCUUCUCAAGGACUUCCUAUAG